AUGUACAAACUCACGGUUUGUAUACUAAUUUUGAGUUUUCUUUUGUACUCUAGAUUAUCUAACCCGACACUAGCCCGGGUACAAUAUGAAUCUCCAAGUCCUAGAAAAAAAAUGGGAAAAGAAGUUUGGGACCAAAAGGUCUUCAACGAGAUCAAAAUUGGUGCAGCAGGCAGUGUUUCAAGGCGAACUUCUUCAUGUCGUACAAGUUGUAAACCUAGCCAGUCUUGGAGAAUUGAAAGGCGGUUAAGGCAUAUCACGGUUAAGAGAUUCAAACUCCUUGAUUACCUUCCUAUAACAUGUGAUGUCCUUUACUACUAA